GUAUAGUUUAAGGGUUUAUUAGUUAAUUGGGUAAUGAUGAGGUAGUGACGUUAUGACUACGGGCUUAAAUGCAUAAGGCCCCAUAACGCCCACACGCUGACGUGGCGCGCCACGUGUCGCAUAACGCCCACAAAGAGGCUUUAUGACUACACAUGGCCUAAUAUUCAAAUAUUCAAUAGUAAUGACAUUCAUGAAACCUUCACACCUAAUCCAAACCCAUAAAGUGUUCACAAAAUUCCAACUCACAAAACCAUCACAAAUCCACACCCAUGCCAGAAAAACCAAACCAAGACCAAACGAAUUACUCAAAGAACACCUAAAAUUCAACGCAACAUCCAAAGCAUUACUUCUGUUUCGUGAUAUGAUCAGAAAUGCCACUUCAUCCAUCGACAGCUACUCUGUUUUGUACAUUAUCAACGCCUGCACACGACAUUCUGCUAGACACGAAGGCCGACAGUUCCAUUCCCUUGUCGUAAAACUCGGUUUUGAACCCGUUAUCUUCAUCCAGACAUCGCUGGUCAGCUAUUAUUCUGCGGUGGGUAACCUUGGUUAUGCACACCAGGUGUUCGAUGAAAUGCCUGAAAGAAAUGUGUUUUGUUGGACUGCGUUGAUUUCGGCUUAUGUUCGCAACCAGAAACCGAAUGUUGGGCUUACGUUGUUUAGGGAGAUGCAGAUGGGCGAUGUGGACCCGGAUCAUGUCACUCUCACUGUUGCGCUUUCUGCGUGUGCUGAUCUUGGCGCAUUGGACGUGGGGAAGUGGAUUCAUAACUUCGUUCGCCGAAACGAAAAGAUGAAUAAAGAUUUGUCGUUAUAUAAUUCCCUGCUGAAUAUGUACACAAAGUGUGGAGAUGUUGAAACCGCGAAGGUAUUGUUUGAUAACAUUAAGGAGAAAGACGUCACGACGUGGACUUCCAUGAUUACCGGAUAUGCGAUCCAUGGUCGAGCGAAAGAAGCACUUGCCCUUUUCGCAGCAAUGACUGAUCCCAAAGCCCGUACUAAAAUUGUCCCGAAUGAUGUUACGUUUAUUGGUGUUUUAAUGGCGUGUAGUCAUGCAGCGAUGGUGGAUGAUGGGAAACGAUACUUUAAUUCCAUGGUUCAAGAUUAUGGGUUAGAGCCGAAACUUUCGCACUUUGGUUGCAUGGUUGAUCUUUUAUGUCGAGCGGGGUGUUUACAAGAAGCUAAAGAUUUCAUUUUGAAAAUGCCCGUGAAGCCAAACGCGGUUUUGUGGAGGACACUACUUGGUGCGUGUAGCGUUAGUGGGGAUGUUGAGCUUGCAGAAGAAGCACGUGUGCGAUUGGUUGAGUCUGAGGAGAAUUUAGCGGGUGAUGAUGUUAUUAUGGGGAAUGUAUAUGCUUCAAGAGGAAUAUGGGAUAAAAAGGAGAUCGCGAGAGACCGGGUUAGUGAGAGGAGAGUUCCUGGUUGUAGCGCGAUUGAAGUUGGAAGUGAAAUAUAUGAGUUUGUAGCUGCGGGUUGUGAUCAUCCGUCUGCUUGCAAGAUUUAUGAGGUUAUUGAGAGCUUGAUGAGGAACAUGAGAGGUUAUGGAUGCAAUUUUGAUACUUGUCAACCAUAAUAUCAUUGAUACAAAGAAAAUUUGUUACACGUUUGGUCAAAAUGGGUUAUUUGUGGGUCAAAGUGGGUCAUUUUCGGGUCAAAACGAAUCGAGUCUAGCUAUGCCAUUUGAACUCACUAAUAGCAGUUUGAUACGCGAUCAAUUUUGGA